UCUGUGCUCGUCGCCCCCGCGCACGCCUCUUGCCAUGGCGCCGUCGCAGCCGUCCAGUGCGGCUUCCACCUCGGUGCAAGUCGCCCUCCGUAUCCGCCCUACCACCCAGCACGACCUCACUUCCAUUCCAAGUCGCUUUCAGCGCAAUGUAAUCAAUGCCGUCUCGAACACCACUGUCAGCGUGGAUGCCACUCCUUCACCUGGUCCGGGCGCACCUGCUGCACCCGUGUCGUCCUCGGCCAACAACGCCAAAAAACAGACGUUCACCUUCGACCAAGUCCACCCCCCCUCGACCACACAAUAUGCCAUGUUUACCUCCACUGCGCUCCCGCUCAUUUCUCGCUUCGUGGAAGGAUUCAACUGCACUAUCUUGGCUUAUGGCCAGACCAGUAGUGGUAAGACAUUUACUAUGACUGGCAUGGACCUGGACGCGGACCCCACGGAUCCCAACAACGGCAUGGGCAUCAUUCCUCGAGCUGUUUCGACAAUCUUCUCUCGGUGUAGGGAGCUCAAGGAGGAACGUGGCGGGGCCUGGACCUAUAGUAUCAAGGGUUCCUAUAUUGAAAUCUACAACGAAGACCUAAUCGACUUGCUGGCCGACGAUACUGCCGGUAGACGCGACGUGCAGAUUCGAGAGGACAAGCAGGGUCACAUCAUUUGGGAAGGCCUGCGAGAGGUUAACGUGAAGAAUGCGAACGAUGUUAUGAACUUGAUCCGCCAAGGGGCCUCUAUCAGGCGUACCAAUGAAACGGACAUGAACGCGCAAUCUUCGCGAUCUCACGCAAUCUUCUCUCUGACACUGAUGCAGAAGAAGUUCACCGGAAGCGGCCCACCCCCACGCUCAUCGUCCCCUCUCCCUCCCAAUGGAAGGUCGCCCUCUCGCAUUGCUCGACCCGGCUCCGUCGUCGUCGGCGCCCCUGGUGGUAGCCGGGUCUCCUCGCCUACGUUUGGCCGUCCCUCAACACCGAGCUUCCAAUCUGCUAUCGCCCGUGGCACGCGUCCUGCAAGCUCGCUCGGAUUCUUGUCGCCGGAUGUCGGAAGGAAUGCUGCGAAGGACGGAGGUGAGGAUCGUGGGGAGUGGGUCACUGUGGUCUCGAAGUUCCAUUUCGUGGAUUUGGCUGGUUCGGAACGCCUCAAACGUACGGCCGCCGCGGGCGAGCGUAUCAAGGAGGGUAUCUCUAUCAACAGCGGUCUUCUCGCGCUCGGGAACGUCAUAUCCGCCCUUGGCGACCCCGCGAAGGCGAAGUCGCAUACUGCGUCGUACAUACCCUAUCGUGACUCCAAGCUCACGCGUCUCCUCCAAGACUCCCUAGGAGGUAACGCGCAUACACUCAUGAUCGCAUGUGUAAGCCCUGCCGAAUGGAACGCGAACGAGACCGUGAACACUCUCAAGUAUGCGAACCGAGCGAGGAAUAUCAAGAACCGCGCCGUCGUGAACGAGAAGGAGGAGGGCUGGGACGAUGUGGAGUGGUUGCAGGGUAUGGUCACGCGGUUGAGGAAGGAGAUGAAGCAGAUCAAGGAAGGUGGUGGUGCGGUUGCCGCGAGCUCAUCCUCUGAUUCUGCGGAGGGCGCUCCCAAGAAGGUCCUGGCGCAAAUGACGGAACUUCGAAACAACUACGAGGACCUCCGUGAGAAGUUCGUGGAGCGCACCGAGGAACUGACUCGGCUGCGGAACGAGCUUGCCGAGAAGCAGAGGAACUCGACGGGCGGUCGCCUAGCCGGGACGGCGAAGUACGAGGAGAUCGUUGGACCGGUCAUCGAGGAGUACGAGAAGACCAUCAGUGCAAUGGAGGCAGAACUCAAGCUUAACCGCGCUGCGCUUCGUCACACGAAUGACCUCUACGACGAGAAGGAGAACGAGUACAACACCCUCGCUGAGCGUCAUGCUACGACGGAGAUGUAUGUCGAAGAGCUCAAAGCUCGCGUCGCGAAGCUAGCAGAGCGCGAAGCGUCAACAGAGGCGUACGUCCACGACCUCGAGGAGAAGGUGCGCCAGUACGAUGAGAGCCAGACAUCGUCUAGUGGUUCCAUCACCGACCUCAAGCGUGAACUCGCGCGCUACAAGGACACCGAGUCGCACUCUUCAGCGUACAUUGCAGACUUGGAAGCUCGUCUUGCGAAGUCGGAUGAAUCAGUGCUUGCAUUGCGGGAGACCGUGGAGAAACUGGAGCGUGAGUGCGAGAAGCGAUGCGAUCAAGUGGCGGCUUUGGAGUCUCGCCUGGAGAGUCUGAAGCAGGAUGGCGAGAGUUGGAGGUCAGACCUAGAGCAGAGGGAGGCGAAGGUUCGCGAGCUUGAGCAAAAGAUGGAAGAAUGGGAGGCAAAGAGAAGGGCGGCGAGCGAGGAGAGGGAGCGGUUGGGCGAGCUGGCGAACGAAGUCCAGAAAGCGAAGAAGGAACUCGAAGCCGUCUCCCCUGUCAAGACGAACGGCACGAACACGAACGGCACUACGACAAAUGGUGCCAACUCGGAGGCUUCUUCUCCCCACGAGGCCGAUGGCUCUCUCGAAGCCCAACUCGUCACUCUCCAGCAGACCCACACGGCUACCCUCGCGGACCUGUCGUCUGUCACGGCGAAGUACCGUGAUGCCCUCCGCGAGAUUGCCGAUCUUGCUGCUCAACUGCAGGAGGCCAAGGUCAACGCUCCUGUGCCGGCGCCCGAGUCUCCGGAACGUGGAGAUGUUUCCCCUAGGCGCAGGAUCAACAGGUCGAAAGACCAGGAGUCGUCAACUGGAUCAGGACGACGCCUUUUUUUCCGCAACGCGGCCUCGUCCGAGUCUCUCCACUCCAGAUCGCUCUCGCAAUCUGUAUCGCUAUCGCAGGAGCUAUCCUCGGCCAGGUCGCGCAAAGCUUCUACUUCCAGUCAUGGAACAAGUAGUUCGAUCUCGAUGUCCCCUGGACACUCUCGUCCCAAUCUAUCCAUUUCCUUGCCUUCCGUCGCCAUCUCCCCCACCGAACGUUCCGUUGCCAGUCUUGAAGAAGAAAUCAUGCGCCUCCAGGAUGUCAUCAAGGAACGAGAGGCCGAGAUCUCCUCUCUUGAGUCGACGUUGAGGGAGAAGAACCAGGCAGAGGCGGCGCAAACUCUCGUCGCGUCCAAGCGAAAUGCCCCUGAGCCCAAUGCAGACGACACUCUCCUCCACCUUUCGCCCCAAACCAUUACCCAGUUCAGCGAGAUUCGAAAGAGUCUGGACCUCCACCACGUCAAUUCAUACACCGCUUCCGAUGUCGAUGAGUCGCUAGUGAGACUCAAUGAGCUGAUGCGGUCGAUGGCACAGAAAGAGUCGAAGCACAAGGAGGUUGUUGACGAUCUUACCAGCCAGCUCAACCAAGUUCGUAAGCAGCACGAGGACCUGCAGGUACUCUCACGCGAUCAGGCCCUCAACAUGAGUACGGAGCUUGAAGCUCUUCGCAAGAAGCACGAGGAGGACCUUGCGAACCACGCGCAGGACAUCAAGGAGAUGGAGGCUCUGCAAGUCCGCCAGGCAGAGCUCACUCAGUCCGUAGAGGAGGCGCAGCGUCAAGAAGCCGAGCUCCAGGUCACGUUGGAGCAUCUCAAGAAGCGUGAAGCUGACCUUGUCGAGUCAUUGAAUCAAGCCGAAGAGACUCACGCGGCAGAGGUUCAGCAGCUCAGAGCUGAUCACGAAGAAGCGCUUCGCGCUAAGGAAGCCGAACUCGGUGUUCUCAUUGCCAAGCUCAAGGAAGAUCACGAGGCAUCUCUUGGAGAGCUUCGCGCUCAAGUCGCCGAGUCGUCUGCUGCCCUAGAGAAGGCCCAGCACGAACACGAGGACGCGUUUGGCAAGCUUAAGGCGGAGCACGAAGAUGAACUACAUCGCCGCCUCGAUGAGGCUGCUGGGCUACUCGAGCGUACCCGUUCCGAGCACGAGGCUGCCAUCGUGAAGUCGGCUGCCAACCACGAAGGCGCCAUCAACGUCCUAAAGGCCGAGCACGCGGCGGCAAUAGGCAAGCUCGAGGCCGAUCACCUGGGAGAAGUGCGCCGUCGUGCUCAGGAAGCGGAGGAGACGCUGCAGAAAGUUCAGGCCGAGCACUCAGAUGCUCUCGCCAAGGCGACCGCCGAGCACCAGGAGACGACGAAGACCAUCGAGGAGCAGCACGCCGCUCACCUCUCGCGCAUCGAAGAGGAGUACUACAACGCCCUGACCAAGCUCCGUGCUGACCAUGCCCAAGCGCUCGAGAAGCAGGCGGCGGAAGCGGCGACAGCAAUGGAGCGACUGAAGGACGAGCAUACCCGCGAACUCCGUAUGGCAGAGAUUUCUCGCCAGGGUACUCUUUCCGAGUCCGAGUCUGCUCGCGACGAAGCACUUCAUACAUUGCAGGAAGAGCACGCUUCAGCCAUGAAGAACAAGGAGCAGCAGUUCGCGUCAGACAUGCAGCGGCUGAAGGAUGAGCAUGUGCAGGCACUCGCUGCGAAGCUCGACCAGCAUCGUGAAUCCCUGCAGCGUCUGAAGGCAGAUCAUACCCAAACUCUCGCCAAGAAGGAGCUCGAGUUCAGCGAUGAAGUUGAGAGGUUGCAUGCGGAGCACGCUCGUGCGCUCGCGGACAAGGACAAGGCGCAUCAAGCUGACCUCGAGAAACUCGCCGAUGAGCACUCUGCAGUCAUCGCGAAGCUCAACGAGGAGUCCGCACAGGAGAUCGCGAGGCUGACUGCUGCCUUGGAGGAGAGCAAGACCGAGCGCGCCGCGUCAGAGGCGGCAUUGCGAUCCGAGUUGGAACAGGUCUCAAAGGCGGCCGAGGAACAGCAAGCCACCUCACACUCUCAGCACGAGGCGGCUCUUCAAGCUCUGAAGGACGAGCAUGUAGCUGCUCUCGCCGAGGUCCAACGCGCACACGCCGAGGAGCUUGGACGUCUCGCGGAUACGCAUAAGUCCGCGCUCUCGUCGUCCAGCUCCGAUUGGGAGGAGCAGCGCUGUGCUCUGCUCAAGGAGCACACGGAGGAGAUCACUCGUCUCAAGGCGGAGCACCAGACUGCCACGACUGAGGCUCAAGCUGCUCUUGUCGCGGCCGAGGAACAGCAUCGCUCGGAGCUCGAGAACUCGCGAUCGGAGACCGAGGAACUCCUUGCUCGUGAAAAGGAGCACUUGAAGGCAACGCUCGCCGACGUGGAGCAGACUCAUGCUGCAGAGCGCGAGACCCUCCUCCGGAACCACAACCUCCUUCUAGAAGAACUCCGCAAGAAGCACGCCGAGGAGCUAGAGAACUUGACGAAGGAGCACAACAGCCUCUUAGACGAGCUUGACACCCACAAAGCUGCUGCGGAGGAAUGGGUCCACGCGCGCGAGGAGAUGCGGCAGGCGCACGAUUCGGCCAUGCAGCAGAAGACUGCGUCCAUCACCGCGCUCGAAACGGAGCUCUCUGCCGUACAUGGCGAGCGCGACGAGCUUUCAGCCGAGGUCGACAAGCUGCGUGCCGAGCUCCAACGGACGCACGAGGAGACAUCGGCGCUCGUCAAGGAAGCGUCCAAGCGUCAGUCGCUCGUCGACGAGCUUGAGAGGCACCGCUCCGUCAUCGCGGAGAUGCAGGAGAACCUCCAACGCACGAAGGACGAGAUGGACACUCUCGUGGCCGAGAAGAACCGGCAGGACGCGCUCCUCCGCGACCUCCAGCAGCAACUCGGCAGCCCGACGACGCCUUCGCGCCCGCCAGUGGAUCGCACUGUGUCUUACACACGUGCGACAGGCAUCAUGUCACCUGGCAAACUCCCGCCUCCCACACCUCCGCCGACUGUUCCUAUCCCCCCCGCCCCCAGAAUUAUGCACGAACAGACUAGCUCCUCCUCUUCCGCCGGUAUCUCCUCGCGCAGCAUUAGCAUCGACGGAGAGUCACCGUCCACGCCUGCGACGUCUGUUAACCACUCGCUCGCCGGAGGUCUGCCGUCGCCGCUUGCAGGGUCACGGGAGCCCGAUCCGAAGGUUGUUGCGCAGCUCGCGCAACAGUCGAAACAGAUCGAGGAGCAGGAAGCGAUGAUCAAGACGCUGAACAAGCAGCUGAAUCAUUGCGAGACGGACCUUCAGGCUCACAUGGACAUGGUUGCCACGCUUGAGGCGUCGCUUGGGGAUUCGGAGAAAAAUCUCCGCAAGGCGCGGAUGCAGGCGACAGAGCUGGCUCGCGAACGCGACAACCUGAACUCUCAGAUCGCCAAUCUGCGGACGGAGCUCCAGGAGGCCAAGGCGGAGGUGGUCAACGUGCGGCGGUCGAUCGUGGAGGAGAAGCAGUCACUCGAGUCGCGCCUUGACGAGGAGCGGCGGGCGAAGGAGCGUGCGCGAGCACAGCUCGACAGCCGGAUGGAGGAGCUGCAGCGGCGCAAAUCGAAGUUUGCGUGUCUAUGAUCGACGCGGGUGCGGUGUUCUUAUGCAUAUCUCCCAUUUGGCUGGAUCGGAUCCGGAUACCUCCCUCUCACACUCUCACUCUCUUCUCGCGACGUGUUUCUUUUCACGAUCAUCCUAUCUCUCCUCGCCAUCCUCGCCAUCUCCCCUUCCAUCUCACAUAUCCUGCGGCUGUUGGCCAGCGCACUCCCCAACCUCAUCCAUCGAUUUCGAUCCUGGUGGCAGCCGGCACCUGGAUAGUGUACAAUAUUCUCCCAGGCGGAGAGGACCGUGUCGCUUUGGAUGCUUCCGGUCGGCUUCCCCAUUCUUCCUCCGCCCCGGAUAGAUCACGAUUGUUGGUUCGAUUUCGAGACUUCGCUCCGUCGUGCCUUUUACGUUUAUAGCUAUUGUUCUACGUACUUUAGAUGUGUCUACAUAUUUGGCCCGCUAUCCUGUUGCUCAGCUCGAACGGAUACCCCACGCUCGUUCCUACAUAUGACCCCUCGAACCC